UUCUUGGGGGGGUGGGGGAUGAAGCCGUCGACGCUGCUGCGGAUAUAAACAGAAAAUUCACAGUAAAGGUGGAAAAAGCAGCACCGCCCCAAUAAGUCUCCCCUCUGACAGCUCCAUAGUGCUCCACCCAAAGCCCCGACCGACCCCCACCUGCUUCUGCUGCUCCACCCCUCCGCCGCCGCACCGCUCCGGCAACCGAGAUGCACACGGAGACCCGUAACAAGAAAUGCCAGUCAACUCCAAAGCAGAGGAAGAGCGCCGCCGGUGCCCGAAAGAAGCAGAGGAGCCCGGCCAAGCAGAGCACCGUGACCCGGCAGCCGUCAUCAUCACCGCCGCCGCCGCCGUCCUCGCCUCCGCCCUCGCCUCCGCCCCCCGCAGACCAUCGAGACCAGGAGGAGGAGGAGGAAGUGGCGACUGGGCCUCGGCCGCCGCACCAGGAAGAGGAGACGCUGAAGGAAGUGGGGACCGCCGGCGUCCGAGUGAAGCAGGAGGAAACGGAAGAGGAGAAGGAGGAGCAAGGCCAGAGAGACAUGCCCUCUGUCCAAAUCAAACCAGAGCCAGAGGAGAUGGAGUGCACGGCCGAUGUAGGUGAUGACUGCUCCGAACCGACGGACCUGAAGAUGAAGUCAGAAUUUAAGGCGGAGCCGUCUUCUCCUCACUCCAGUCCCGCUGAGGACCAGACCGAACCCGUCGACCUGUCGCUCAACAAGCCCCGCUCUGCUUCCACGACGAGCGCCACAGUCAACCCGGCGCCCUGCAGCACCGUGUCGCAGCCGGGCCUCUCGGCCACGCCUGUUCCCUCCUCGGUACAAUCCAUAGGCUCCAUGGUCCUCUCUCCAGGUUCUAUCCUGGCCACACAGGGAGCCGGAGGACAGCAGAUUCUCCAUGUCAUCCAUACCAUCCCCUCAGUCAGCAUGCCCAGCAAAGUGGGCCAACUGCAGACCAUCCCGGUGGUGGUGCAGUCGCUGCCUGUCGUCUACACCGCCAUGCCCACGGACAGCGUCGCCACAGCAGCCAUCACAGUGCCGCUGAUAGGCAGUGACGGGCGCUCAGAGGGAUCAGUUCGCAUCAAGCCGGGUUCAACAUCACCAGUUGAGUAUCAGAGUGACAGCGAUGCGGAGAGCGGCACAGAGUCUGGAUCGGCCUCCCUCAGCGCUCAAAGCAUCGACGCAGGGUCAGUUAUGGACUUAGAGCCCGUUGAUCCCGACACACUAGACCUAAAGAGGCGGCGGAUCCACAUGUGUGAUUAUGAAGGCUGUAAAAAAGUUUACACCAAGAGCUCCCACCUCAAAGCCCACAGGAGGAUACACACAGGAGAGAAGCCGUACCACUGUACCUGGGAGGGCUGCACCUGGCGCUUCGCUCGCUCCGACGAGCUCACCCGACAUUUCCGCAAGCACACAGGAAUCAAACCUUUCCGCUGCACGGAGUGCGAUCGUUCCUUCUCCCGGUCAGAUCACCUGUCUCUGCACCGCCGUCGCCACGUGAUGAUGUGAAGGUUCCUCCAAACCAACCCGUGACCCCGCCCCUUGGAUUGUCAGAGUUCGCAGCCCCUGCGAUGUUCCACUUUGUGCAUCAGAGGAAUUUUAAAUUAAAUCUGGAGAGAGGAAUGGGAACUUUCUCCUUCUCUCUACAUGGAAAUCACCAGGAAAACUGGGAGUCUUUGUCUGCGUUUGUGUUUAUGCAUGGUGGACGUAUUCUUAUCUACAUUCUGCACCUCAUUUCAGUCCACGCUCUACAAUCCUGAACUCAGUUUCUGAAUAAAAACAGAAAAGGAAGGAGAGACUGAAACACACUCGGCAGCAGGGACGUCCACGCAUCCAUCCAAUCAUCCAUCAGUCCAUCCAAGAGGAGCAGGAUGGGUGGGGGCAACAUGGAGGAAUUUUGUUCAGUGUUUUUAAAAAAAUCUUAUGACCCAGAUGUCACUUCAGUUGCUCUUUUUUUCUCCUU